GCAAUUGCUAGAUAGUAUACUCCAAAAUAAGGUUUCCGUUUUUAUAUCAAUUUUUAAAAAUUUUUAAAGUAAGUUAGGGUUAGGGUUUAGAUUAGGGUUAGUAUUAGGGUUUAGUUUUGCGUUAGGAUAGUUUUUUCUACGUUAUACUGAAAACGGAAACCUUAUUUUGAAGUAUACUAUCUAGCGAUCACCGUAUGAUUAGUUGCUUUGCUUGUAGGCACGUGGCAUCCCAUCAUGCAUCGCAACAUAGUCUUUUGCCCGGAUAACUCAUUUACAUAAGAUGCGUUGACCUCAGUUCAAUGAUUUGAGACAAAAUGCCUUAUGUGAAUAUUACAUGACGUAACAGGUGACCGCACGUGUUUACGGGCUCACUUCUCGUCCAAUAUUGUUGUUGUCAAGGCAUCGUAAACAAUGAAAAGUGGGAUUUUUAAACUUUUGGGGAAAACUUUAAGUUUUUAAUAAUUUUUUCCACAAUGAGUCGCUUGUACGACACCAUAGAGCCAUCUGUUAUCGACGAACAGAUGCUCAAAGAAGCUGUGGAAGAUCAGGGGCCGAAAGGGGAGGCCGGUCGCAUAGCAAAGCAAGAAGGAAUUGAUUUCGAUACAGUCCUUGCACUAAGAUUGGAUUAUCGCAGUAAGAGAUUGCUUUGUUUUCAGUGCGAGAUUUACAUGUAUUGUGGUAAACGAGCAUGCCUAUAUUAUUGCAUUUACUCAUAAAAUAAGGUAGAGGGUUUCAUUCCUAAACAUGUCCAAUAGAAAAAUGCACUUAUAGCAGGGUUGGCAAAUGUUCUUAUAUUAGUUGUUCUUAUAUGUUCUUAUAUUAUAUAAGAAUAUUUUUUUGGGAGGCAAAAAUGUUCUUAUAUUUUCUUAUAUUAUUCUCAUUAAUUAUUCUACUUCGAAGUUCUAAAUUUUAACUAUUUGACAUUCAUCCUGAAAGUAAGAUAUACAGAUAAUAGUCGUAUAAAUACAGCAUUGAUAACUAUUUUUAAAAUUUUGAAAGCCAAGACGUUACAGCAACAUCUAAAAUUGAAGUUGAAUCGUCAUUUUAGGAUUUUGGAUGAUGUCAUAAUAUGACGUCAUCAAAGUUUUUGAAAAUGUUCUUAUAUUGCAAAAAAUGUUCUUAUAUUAAUAUAAGAAAUAAGAACAUUUUAUUUUUGAAAAAAUGUUCUUAUAUCCAACCCUGACUUAUAGGUCCUCUGGCAGUAAUCGAACAUGUGACCUUGCAACUACGGUGCAGCGCUCUAACCAACUGAGCUACAGAGGCCAGUUGUCGAGCUCUAACCACAAGUUCAUGUAUAUAUAUAUAAUACUUAGGUGAUGCCAAUGUAAAGUGUUAUUGUUGUUUGUUUUGAUAUGACAAAUAAAUAUGCCUCAGCAGGGAUUGAAUCUGCAAAUAUCUUCACUAAGCCUUUGAAAAUAUUAUCAUUUUUUUGUACCUGAGUAAUCGCUUAUCACUGAACAUACACACACACACACACACACCAAUCAAAAGCAUGCUGUAAUAUUUAUGCUGAAUUGCACCAAUCAGAUAUUUGCAUUACUCGGGUAUGGUAAAGGCCAAAAUUUCAUGAUACGGCCAGUCAUAUCCGAUUUUUAUCCUGGCAUAUAUACUCGAAUAAAUGUGUCACCAUAAACUGAUGAACAGAAAUAGUAGCAUCAGAAGUUGUCUUCAUAUGCCAGAAUGACAAUUGUGUACGAUUAGUUGUAUCGUGUGAAUGGGCCUUAAUUAAAGUUGCAACUUGUGCUCUGUGAAAAUACUACAAAAUGCCUCAAAUGACCACAAAUAACCAUUAACAUCAUAACCUUAGAAUGCAUUUUUCAGAUAUUCUCAAGAUAGACAAUAUGUGGAAUUUCGUUUCGCUGACAAAACUUCAAAUGGACAAUAACAUCAUUGAAAAGAUUGAAGGACUGGAAAAACUUGUAAACCUUGAAUGGCUUGGUAAUAAUGGAAUUAAAAAGAUUUGAUGAUUUUACCCUCAAGUUUUCUAUCAUUAGCAAAUUAAAAAAUAUCAUGGUGUACAUCAGUGGCGCAGCCAGCCCGACAAUUUGGUCAGGCGUAAGAAAACAAAUACCUGUCCCGACCGACCCUAUUUUUUUCCUGCCGAACCUAUUAUUUUUUCAACGCGAUUGACCGUGCGACCCUAUUUUCUCCAGGUGGUUGCGGGCUGCUCAUACAGCGUGCCAAAAUGGCGUCUGUUGUCACAAUAAUUAUUGAACCAAAUUCACAAAUUGCCUCAAUUCGUCCAUAGGAAAUACGCACCUCUAUUUAAUAUUGAUGUUGGGACUCUACUGCAAAUCGCCCAGCAAAAAAAACGGCAAAACCAUGAAAAAAAUAUUCAAAAAAACAACUUUUUUCCAACCUACCGACCCUAAUUUUUCAUGAUAUGAAACUGGAACCACAGGUAUUUUUUUUUACGCCUCAUGCUAUGCAAAUAUUUUUGUGUUCAUAAACUGUGAAAACAAUCAAUUUCUAAAGAAAUGAAUGAUGAUUUGAAAUUUGCAUAGCAUGACCAAAUUGUCGGGCUGGCUACGCCACUGGUGUACAUCAUAAUUUAUUCACGAUCCCCUAAUUGAAUUCAGACUUAAAUUAAUCAAAUUACUAUGGUUCAUUGCAGACACUUUCUUAAUUAUAUCAUAAGCAGAAAUACAUCCUGCUGUGCUAUUUUAUCUAACUGUGUACUGCUGGAUAGAUUUAUUCAUUAAGGGGAAAGUGUUAGCUAGGCUAUCUACCUUUGUUUCUUGUUAAUCCACAAAGCUGCGAUGUGCCCUACUACACUAAAUUUAGUUAUUUACUCUGUCCAGUGCCAGCAAUCUCCCCUUGACAAGUGAAAUUGUCUGGGGUUAGACAGAGUAAAAUAAUAAAGUAGGGCACAUCAGGGCACAACUCUGGCCUUGACGAGUAAAAUCAUCUGGCAUUAGACAAAGUAAAAUUAAUAAAAUAGCACACUUUUGAGUGCAUUGCAGCUCAAUGGGUUAAAAUUGACAAGUGUGGAAAAAAUAUUGUUUUCGAAAAAAUAGGUACGCCAAGUGUACACGCAAAAUAGUCACUUUAAAACAAGUACAAAUGCCUUCAUUAUUGCAGAUCAAACAUUUUCUAUUCUCACAUAAACUUUGUGUUUAUCUACCUGACAGAUUUAUCAUUUAACAACAUCGAGGUGAUCGAAGGCCUUGAUACGCUAGUAAAACUUCGAGACCUGACCUUAUUUAACAACAGAAUAACUAGAAUAGAAAAUAUGGACACACUGGUCAAUCUUCAUGUUCUGUCAAUUGGCAAUAAUAAUAUCAAAGGUCUAGAAAAUGUAAGUAAAAUAGUUUUACUUCAAUAUGACUUUUCUGUUUUGUGGAAAAGAGCAUGAAAAGGCGUACUGGGCGGGGGCAGUUGUCCCCCAAUCAAAAUCAAGUCGGGCUAAUGGUGUCCGUCACCCUCUUGAGAAGUCCAGCACCACCCUACAAAAUCAGCUUGAACAUACAUUUUCUCCUUUUUGAAUAGCGCCGGUUAGCGGAACUUCUACUGUUAGCCUGUGUUGAUUUCUUGAAACGAUUUUAAUUGAUUUGUGAGCUCACGAGAAAAUACUCAGAAAGUUUUAGUUAAACAUGAUAUUUAAAUAUGUAAACAUGUCGAGGUUGUUAUACACCAUAUUUUCAAAUAUACUGUAUUUGAACAAGCACAUUUACUGUACUGUGCUAUACCAACUGUCCAGUCACGCAUACGUGAUAAAAAGCUGAUAUAUUUCAUAUAAACAAAAGAUAAUGUAAAACAUAACAGAACGGCGAACAUGCAGAUUGGGCCGUCUCAAGUAAUGGUAAUGUUGGGAUAGUAGCGUUGCAGACUGCAGAGGAGAGUGGGCAGUAAGGCUCCCUCGUGCACCACCCCAUGGAAAACCUGCACCCCUCCUUGCAGAUGAGGCUAGAUCUGCCUCUGAUAGCAAAGCUUUCGAUUCUUCACUAGUGCAAAUACAGUAUAUAAUGAAUAAGUUAUCUAUAUCUUCUAGGUUGUCUAUUUACGAAAUUUCAAAAGUUUAAAGACACUGAACUUAAGUGGAAAUCCUUUCUGUCAAGAUCAAAAUUAUCGUCCCUAUGUGAUCGCUCAUCUCUCGUAUCUUGUCUAUCUUGAUUUUCGCUUGAUUGACGCGCCGGGUAGGGACGCAGCGCUAGAACAGUAUAGGUACGCAAUUGAGGAAAUCGUUCAUAAUGAAACGUUGGCACAGAAAGUCCUUGAAGAAAAACUGGAGGAAGAAACGAAAACCAAACUUCACAAGGUAAACUAGAAAGCACGGAUUUGACAGUCACACCACCUUGUUUUAGCUGUUCUUAAUAGAGGAUUCAAGCUAUGGACUAAAUUUUGAUCUCGGCAAGAAGAACAAAAUCCACCACCACAGCUAGAAAGAGAUGUUGAAAUUAGUAAAAUUGCAAAGUUUCGCCGCGAAAUGUUGUAAAAUGCAGAAAAUAUAGCCAUGCGAAAUUUGCAAAUUUUGUAUUAAUUUGUAUUACGCGCGGGAAAAUGCACCACAUUUGGGCCGAAAAAUGGUACAUUUUCCCGUGCGUAAUACAAAUUAAUACAAAAUUUGCAAAUUUCGCAGGCCAAACUUUGCCAUUUUACUAAUUUUAACAUGCUCUUUCUAUCUGUGGUGAUGGAUUUUGUUCUUCUUGCCUUGAUCAAAAUUUAGUCUAUAGCUGGGAUCAUUUACUGUCUCCCUUACACUAUCAUGCAAUCAUACUAUAAUCUCAGCAAAAUAUAUGAUUGUGUACCUUUUGAUUUUAACAGUCGGCAUAUGUCGAAGAUAUGGAUGGCAGCAAGUUGUUUGACAGUAUGAUACACGACGACCCGGAAUCAUCCAAACUUUCAGCUUUACCAGGAGUUGAAGACAUUUUAGAAGAGUAUCCUUUGCAAUCGUGAAGUGUCCCUGGUUUACACUAUCAAAGUUUCUGUGAUCACAGUAGGAAUUUUGCAUUGGGAAAUUAUACGUUUUGACGAAUUUGUAAGAAAUGAGGGAACUGACUCAAUGUCUACUGUUAAGUCAGUUUCCUCAAACAUUUCUUACAAAUCCUUCAAAACUUAGAAUUUACCUAUGCAAAAUUCCUACUGUGAUCACAGAAACUUUGAUAGUGUAUUAAAAUCAACCUUUAGUCAACUGUGAACAGCCAGCAAAAGUUUUGCCAUUACAAAAAGUUUGGGCUCAUAGUAUGGUGUGCGAUAACUUGUCUCUCAUAAACAAGAGGACGUUUACUCGCUGACGUGCAUCCCAACAUAUCGCAGGCAUUGUGAUUAUUUCCUUUACUGCAUAAAUACAGAUAUAAAGAGACGUUCAUGAAUUUGUGUCAAGAAAUGUUCAAUUUAGGUCUUAAAGAACACGAGAAGAGGGAGGAAGAGAUCAACUCAUUUUUCGGCAGCAUCAGAGAGGCGAGAGAGGAGAAUAAAAAUCAAGGAGUGAAAUGUAUUAACGACUACUCCGAGUAUAAAAAGAAGGUAUGUGGGUAGGUAGAUAUGGGUAGGUAGGUGGGUGACCAGGUGGGUUGGUUGGAGGGUGGGUGCGUGGGUGGGUGGGUGGGUAGGUAGGUACUGUAAGUAAGUGGGCAUCGAUCAAUCCUAGGUAGGUAGGUGGAUGGGUGAGCAGGUAGGUGGGUGGUAGGUAUGGGUAGGUAGGUGGAUGGCCAGGUAGGUAGGUGGGAGGGUAGGUAGGUAAGUGGGUGGAUGCACCAAUCGAUCCUAGGUACGUACAUGGGUAGGUAGGUAGAUAGAUGGAUGGAUCGAUCCUACCUAUCGUUCGGUUGGUUGGUAGGUUACCUUGGUCUGAAUUCCCUGUAGUACCUACUUAGGUUGGUUGAUAGGCAGGCAGGUAGGUAAGUGGAUACUGUCGGUAAGAUUGGUAGGUGGAAGGGUGGGGAGAACUUUAUUCAAAAUACCACACUGACUUCAUCCUUCCACUCUUAUGCAAAGUGGCUUACAUAUACAACUUUGUAUUGUUGCUUCUUGUCUAGGUCCUGCAGGAAAUUGCAAAUCUGAAUGAAAACUUCAUCAUCGAACGACUAACAAAUGAACUAAGUGACGAGAUAAUGAAAGUAUGGGACACUCUGAUGGGUCUGGAACUACAGUUAGUCGAUCAGCUAGAGGAGACGAUCAAAGACUUCGAAAGAAACCUAGCAGAUAUGUAUGCUGGAUUUCUGGAACAAAUACGAGCACAAUAUCCUUUUAUAUUGCCUGUUGCAUGUAUCUAGUUCUUCUAAAUAACUCCGCUCUGGGAAUGAGGGCCAUAGUGUUACUACAUGAGGGAAGUAGGAAAGUAACGAAACCUAAACUAAACAAAGUUUAUUUUAUUCAGAUAGCAGAGGUGGAAAUUAAAUGUUUUUUUUUCUUUUUGGGAACCUAGGUUUGGGGCUAAAACUUUUCUGCAAAAGAUUGCAGUAAGUAGGGAAAAAUAACAAAACUGUCGUUUGUGACUGUCUUAAUUAAAGUGUUGUCGUGUGAAACAAUAAGUCUUUAACUUCUAAGAGUAGACUGACAAAGCAUACAAGAUAAAUCCUGAAGUAAUCAUAGUAGUUACAGUCUAACAGAAUUAAAAAUAAAUUUCCUACUGCAGGCUAGAUGAAUAUUUUUUAUUAAACGUUUCUACUCACUGUGAUUUAGGUAUCGAGUUGGUAGAUUAAUUAGGUAGUCAAUCAUUUCAAUAAUUGGGUAUUUAGUAAUUUAGGUAAUCAGUCUAAUUUCCAGAAUUAGCUGUCAUACAUAAAAAUGAAAAUUUCUGCAAAAAUGUAGAUCCGAAAAAAAUUCUGAUCAACAAUUUCACAAGUGACGCCUUAACCAUAACUCACUAUGACUCAAAUGCGAGAAGUGGAGCAAACUCACAAUGAAAAACUACAAGACAUUGCUGUAAUUACGUUGGAAAAAAUAAUGAAAAAUGAACUGGCAGACGACUUGCCCGAUGAUGUCCGAAUGGUAAGUGGGGUGUAGUAGGGGGUGUGUUGCUGCCAGGGAUAGAUUCACUUGGGGUGGGAGGGGUGCAAGACUACCGACUAGUGGCUUGCUGCCGUAGCUUCCUUUAAUGUACUUGGUCAACGGUCACACCCUGAACCUCUGUAGUUGAGGUCACCCUGGGUACGAGGAGGAGUUGAGGUUUGAUUUCUGAUUUGUAUACAUGUAUCAUAUUAUCAUUAUUUUUUUGGCAGCUUUUCGUCGACAAAGACACAGUCAUGGGGGCAGUGAGUUCCUCGCAUGAAACUAGAUUGUCAAAGAUUGAUAACAAGGUAUGAUGUAUGAUCAAGAAUUUUAGAUGAAUCAUCAUAUUAGGGGCUGUUCAGACGAGCCAGCUAGCUGGGAUGAAUCGUGUGACGAAAAUUUUUCCCGAACAUAAAAGAUGGUUUGAACGAAAUCAAACUAAGCUAAUUCAACUGAUAGUUUUCGUGAGCGUUUUACCUUGCAAGGCCUUAAGGAAAAUAUCUAUAGUGUUUGAUAUUUUUCACCUCGCGAGGAAUAAAUCUCAAGCUCAGACUUUGUUUUAUCUCAACAGGAGGACGACAUCGUAACCCGAGCAAACCAAAACAUCCAGUCACUCAUUGAAAAUAUCCACACUGAGGAAAUAAAAAGAAAUCGUAAACGUGUCGCAGAAAUUAAUAAUCUCAUUGACCACUUCAGAGAAGAGAUUGACAGCUAUGACAUUGGUGGAAUGACUUAGACCCAGCUAUGGUCAGAUGCAUGUGUUCAAGCUAUGGUGAAAUAUUAUAUGCUAAAUAACGUAAAUGUAUAUAAUAUAAGUCUCUAAGAUGUAAAUACAAUAAGGAUUAAAAUUAUAAUGCUGAAAAGUUUCACUUUUCUGUUAACACAGAGGUAUUUAAAUAUAUCUAAUCUUUUUAAAAAGAAAAACAGUUUAUGUGUAGUAACUUCAAAGUUUCAAUGUAAAUAAUAUUUCAAUUAUUUGUACUAUAUCCAUACUAUGAUUUAUGAUAUUAAGUGAUUAGCACCAUCAGGGCUGUCGAGGUGGGGGGGGGGGCAGGGACCUUCUUGGUGCAGGAUGUAUCAAAGUCAGUAUAAUGGCGAUGUUUUCAUGUUCCGAAUUUUAAGCGCGCGCAAUCUGCAUCAACGGCAUUCUGUGAAUGAUAUUCCAACUGCAACAUUUUUGAAUUCAGAAAUGUUGCAACAAUCCACACAACAAGCAGUGUUCACACACAACGAUAUAAAAACCUGAUGUGUUUAGUCUUCUUUGUAACCAUCCAGCGUGCUUCCACUUGUCAGAUGAAAGAAUAAGGUUGCGGCAGCCAGGCGACUUCGUAGGUCCAUCAAGUCCACCUCGUGUGCCCACUCAACACUACCCCAUUUUUUGAUCU